UAUUAUUAACGAGUCAUAUAUGUACAAAUAAUAUGUAUAAAUAUCUAUAAAUAAGACAAAUCAAAAACAAUUGUUCUCUGAUAGGGAAAAGAUUAAAAGAAUAUAGAUCAAGUAUUUGAAGUCUGUCACAAGAAAACAAACGAAGAAAAAAAUGUAAAUUUUAAAGUAUUAAAUUUGCACAAAUGCUUUUGCCUUUUGUGAAAUAAUUUCGUAAUUUCAUGAUUUCUGGAUAUGUGUCUUUGUUAUAUAGUAUCAGCGAAAAACCUUUAGAGUAUUGGAGUAAGCAACAGUCACAGUCGGGUCGUAUUCGUAAAAUCUUAGAUUCGGAUUUAUUAGAAAAUGUGAUCGAGUUACAAGAUUUCGAACAACAUGGGUAUGGGACUUCCAUCACUUGUCCCUCUGAUUCUUCUCAAUUUCUCAAUAUCAAAUUGCCAAUUUUAGUUGUAGUUAUAAAGAACUUGAAUCUACAAUGUCGUAUACAAUUGCAGGUAAUAUUCUAUAAAUAAUAAUAAUCAUUUUAAAAAUAUAUUUCUUAUUUUAAUAAAUUUUAUAAAUAAUGUUUAUAUAUCAAAUUAGAUAAUGGAUAAUCAAAAUUGUUUGCAUAAUUUUCAAUUCACGAAUUUGGAAUCGGAGAAACAAAAUUCUAAGGCUGUAAUUUGUCGCGUGAAGGUGAAGCUAGAAACCGGUUGGAAUAAAUUAGAAUUGAAUUUGGCAAGCUUAACUCAAACUGCUUUCAAGCAAGAAUAUGCUACUGCGCAAAGAAUUCAAAUUUGCGGCAAUUGUCGUUUGCGUAGAAUAUAUUUCAUAGACAAACAUUAUGACGAUCAAGAAGUUUGUCCAACGUUAUAUCACAAAUUUCUUGAUUCUUAUAUGCUAAAAUGGGGCAUUCAUACUGUAGAAAGAGCUACGCAAACUAAUGUGAAAAAAAUCAAGAGCAAAUUGAAGAGUAACAAUUUGAAAUUCUCGAAACAAUUCAGCAUUGAAGAUCUAAGUGCUGGAGAAACUACUAGACAAAAUUGUUCUAAAAUUGUUUCUACCGUAUCAAAAUUGACCGAUGAAGACUUUUUAAGAAAUUUACAGAUCAAGACAGAUAUAUUGAUCAACGAAUUCUUCAACAGGCAGGACACUAAACUUUUACAAGUCUCAGAACUGAAAGACAAUACUGCAAUGAAGCCUUAUGCUUUUCCAAUAUUACACUCGAAGAAACCGUUCAAUUAUAAUCGUAUUUCAGAAGAUGCAUUAAAAAGAAUUGGUGUUUUGCGAACGUUUACGGAAACUUAUAUAUGCAAUGAGGAAAAACGUAAAGAGAGUAAUAUGAUACAGGAAAACUGGAAGCAUAGAUACUUUUUUCCUCAAGAGAAAUCUUUGAUUAACAACGAUUUGUCGAAAAAGAUUUUAAGCAAAAGAAUAUUGGAACGAAAACCGAAAUCUUUGCUUCUAUUGUCUGAAUUGAAAUCUGAAAAGAAACAGAUUUCUGAGAUGAAGAAGAUUGACGAGCAAUCUAAACGUGACGAAAGUGUUUAAACGAUAUGAUUAUCGAUUAAAUUAAAAAAUUAAUU